AUGUCUGGAUCAUCUCUCUCCACAUCGUACCCUGAAGUGAAGGCUUUACUGGAAUCCAACCAGAAAUGGGCAGCUUCUGUUGAAGAACAGGAGAAGGGAUUCUUUGAGAACUCGGCGAAAGCUCAGUAUCCCAAAUUCCUCUGGUUCGGAUGUGGAGAUUCUCGAGUCCCCGAAAGUACCCUCAUGGCUCAAAAACCCGGUUCAGUAUUCGUACACAGAAACAUUGCCAAUCAGUUCCAACCGAAUGACAGCUCUGCAAAUGCAAUUCUCGAAUUCGCAGUAGGAACAGUCGGUGUAGACCACAUAUUAGUCGUCGGUCAUUCAGAGUGCGGGGGAUGCAUCGCAGCUCAUAAAAUGAGUCCUCCUACCAAGGAUUCACCCGCCCCAUCCUCCAACUCCCCUCUCAUGUCUUUCCUUGGACCCGUCAUCGAACUUAGACAUUCCCUCAAAGAGGGUUCAACCGUCGAUGACUUGAUCGCGGAGAAUGUCAAAAUGUCAGUGAAGAAUAUCGUCGCGUCUCCAGUCAUCCAGUCGUCCUGGGAGAAACAUGCCAAGGGGGAGAUGAGGCCCGUUUACGUCCAUGGAUGGACGUAUGACCUAUCUACUGGUCUACUGAAGGAUCUCGAGGUAUCUCAAGGUCCUAGUCAGUAA